AUGGGUCGCAGAAAGAUUGAGAUUAAAGCUAUCAAAGACGAUCGGAACCGAUCAGUGACCUUCCUAAAACGAAAAGGCGGCUUGUUUAAGAAAGCGCACGAGUUAUCCGUACUAUGCUCCGUUGACGUUGCCGUUUUCAUCUUUGGAAACAAUAAGAAGUUGUACGAAUACUCAUCGUCAGAUAUGCACCAACUUAUUGCCAAAUACCAAUUUCAUGGCGUUCCCAACGAACAUAAGGGACCUUCGGAUUUUAAUGGGGGCGACGACGACGACGACGACGACGGUGAUGGUACCCCUCCGCGAGGACACGAAGGCUCUGAGCACCAAAUGAUGCCUCCUCAGUUCCACGGCCAUGGCCACAGCCAACCUCCAUUCGCUCAUAUUCGCCAUCAUACUCCCUCCGCAUCACCGCCCGUGCCGAAUGGCGGACCAUUUCAAGCACACCCAGGCCACCCGGGGCCUAGAGGUUCCACUCCACAACCGCCGAUGGGAUCACGACCUGGUUCUAGGAAUGAUAUGCGAAGAAUGGCGCCUAACAGUAUGGUGCCCCAACCUCACGGUGCACAUCCUGGAAUUGCAUAUAUGCCCACGCCCCCAAUUUACCAAGGGCCGAAUCAGCCUGGCAUGAUGGGACCGCAACCGGCCGGACAAUAUCCCUAUGCACCUCAACACCAACAUCACCCGCACCACCAUCACCAACAACAACAACAACAACAGCAGCAGCAGCAGCAGCAUCAGUCUUAUGUGGACGAUAGGAGACCCUCUGCUCCGCCAGCAUAUGCUCCGCAACCGCCACCCCAUGCUAUUCCCGUCGCAUCCCGACCUGAGCCAUCACCGCCUCACACUGCCAGCCAGCAACAGCCGCUGGCCCCUCAACAUCCUGUACCGCAUAUUUCUCCUCCUCCACAGCCUGAUCGGCGACCUCAAGAUCCUCCGCCCCCGCCGCGCGUUGAACCCAAGACCGAACUUUUGGACAGACAGCCAUUAGGGUUAAAUACUGAUAUUGCCAUCAAGAAGCUGCCGCAAAGAAAGUCACACAGCAUAUUUACACCCAUCGAGGAGAACCGAUCUAUUCUAUCACAACAUCUGGCUUCCUUUGCAAGCGAAUCUCAAGGUAUCAAAACAGAAUCGAAUCGUUCUCAAUCUGUAGAUGCCUCAUCCCGCGGCGGUCCAUCAGCAUCCCCACAGCUAAAGCGAUCAAGUACGCAAAACAGCCUCGACAAGGCUCGAGCCGCAUCUGUUUCGUCAGGGCCAGAAAGCGCAUUCACCCCCCCUUCAAGAUCAAAUAGUCUCAAGAUUGGUGGUCCUGGCGGUGGCUCACGACCCAGAGGCCCUCGUCUAACUGUCCAGAUUCCCGACGGUGCAUCAGAGCCAGGCAGUGCCGGUGGCGAAUCAAACUCUCCUCAUAACUCAACCAUUACACCAACUCAAGCUCCUCGACAUAACUCGGUCGUUCUUCCACCACCGUCUCCUUCCGCAUCGGCUCUUCUCUCCGCCGGUGCCACGGGCCCGCCGAAUCCUUUUGCUCGACCGCCACCCCAGCAAAACGUCAACGGUGAGACGCCAGUGUCAGCAUUGCCUUCACGAUUCCUCGGCCAUGAGCUUCUACCGAGCCCUGGUAGCUUUUACCAGGAUUGGAAUUUUCGUGGAAACGAUAGCAACACGUUGCCCAGUCCGCUCAACUUUGCAACGCCUGUUGUGGGCACGGGGCCUAGCUUUCUGAGGGAUGACCACCAUGGCAGCGGGGCCAACAACAAUAGCAGCACAAGUAACAACAGCAGCGGUAGUACAGCAUCUACCGCAGCUACUACCACAAAUACUACAGCGACAAGUGGCACAAUGUCGACUGGUGUCCCACUGAGAAUGACGAAACGCAAGAGCCCCGAGUUUGGAGGCGGGGGCCAUGGCGAAAGUCAAGAAGAUGCAACUGAAGCCAAGAGGCUCAAAGUCGAGUACACAUGA